GAAGAUGCACACGACCCAGAAGGACACCACGUACACCAAGAUCUUCGUCGGGGGGCUGCCCUACCACACCACCGACGCCAGCCUGCGCAAGUACUUCGAGGUUUUCGGAGAGAUCGAGGAGGCGGUGGUCAUCACCGACCGGCAGACGGGCAAGUCCCGGGGCUACGGAUUUGUCACCAUGGCUGACCGGGCAGCUGCUGAGAGGGCCUGCAAGGAUCCCAACCCCAUCAUUGAUGGCAGGAAGGCCAACGUGAAUCUGGCAUACUUGGGAGCAAAACCUAGGAUCAUGCAACCAGGUUUUGCCUUUGGUGUUCAGCAGCUUCAUCCAGCUCUUAUACAAAGACCUUUUGGGAUACCUGCCCACUAUGUCUACCCGCAGGCUUUUGUGCAGCCCGGGGUUGUAAUUCCCCACGUCCAGCCGACUGCAGCUGCUGCCUCCACCACACCUUACAUUGAUUACACUGGAGCUGCAUACGCACAGUACUCGGCUGCUGCAGCCGCAGCUGCCGCGGCGGCCGCCUAUGACCAGUACCCCUAUGCCGCGUCCCCAGCUGCCGCAGGAUAUGUCACCGCUGGGGGCUACGGCUACGCCGUCCAGCAGCCAAUCACCGCGGCGGCACCUGGGACAGCUGCUGCCGCUGCUGCAGCAGCUGCUGCCGCUGCCGCCUUUGGCCAGUAUCAGCCACAGCAGCUGCAAACAGACCGAAUGCAAUAGACCACCAGCCAUCUGAUCAAAGUUCAAUUGUUCUCUCUUCCCCACCCCCACCCCAAUUUCCCAGUUUUUUAGUAGAUACUGAGAGCGUUAAUGUUAACUUUUAACAGCUUUAGGAAAAGAAGAACAGCAACAAAAAAGCAUUAUGCACUGUUAAGUAGAAUUUAAAAAAAAAAAUAACCCAAUAAUGUUCUUGAAUGAGAAAGAGGGGAGUGUGAGGGAAGUAGGUUCAGGUUUGGAAAUCAACCCCGGAGACCCUGAGUCAGUGAAGGCCGCUAGGAAUAUGAUGGAGAACUAGAGAUGGAACUUCACUUUUAUAAUUGGAGGCUUUAUUUUUGCUUUUUAUAGUAUCAGGGAAGCAAACUGCCUUUUCCAAGUUAGAAAAAUGCUAUUUGAUUCUAGUUGAACCAGGGAAUACAGAGUGAGCAAUAUGUAGCUUGAAUUACCUUUAAAAGCAGAUUUUUUUUAAAGUGUUCGAAAGCACUGAUUGUCAUUUUUAGCAGUCACUAAUGGCCUAUAGAACUUUUUUUUUUUUCAAGUAAGAAGGUAAUGUUCUUACUAUCUCAGAAAUGGGCAUCGAACAAUCAAUCCAGGAGUGUGGCGGUGGGUGAAAUGGUGGACAGGCACCAAAGCGAUUUUCUCAUCUGUCCUCAGCAUGCGUGGGACUGUGGAGCAAGUGAUGUGGGCAUAAAGGGUGCAACAGCUGUAUAGACAAUCAAUAACACACAGUUCUGGAAAGAACACAUCACUUGUGCUUGUUGGAUGAGCUUGUCACAUUCUAAUCCCUCUCCCCAUCCUGUUUCAAUUUUGGGAAACUUGUAUCUGCUGGCGUCAGCAAUUCUGAUUCUGAAAUAGGAUCAGGCUUUUACCUACAACAGCCUUCUCUUUCUAUUUAUUGUGUCGACUCGUGGCUUAUGAAUGAAGGCAGGCAAAGUUUGCAGACUCUAAACCCUUAAGAAGUGUCUUAAGGACGUUUAUUUUUUUUCCCUUUUUGAGUAAUUUUACACGUUUUCGUAUCUAUUUCAGAGUCAUAUUUAAAACUAUUUAUUAGUGACUACAGGACAUGAGGCAACAAGGUUACUGAGAUUACAAUUCUUCAAAGAUUAACGAUGUGGUUUAUACUGUGCCUUAAUAGUAAUGCUAUUUAAGAUAUUUAUUUUUAAGUUUUACUAUGCUGCACUCUAAAGCGAGAAACUUUAGAUGUGACACUGUAAAAUUAUGUAUUCAUCUCAUGGCAUAAAUUAUUUAGUAGGUCUAGAUGUAGUAUAUUAAAUAUUAACCUAUUCGGCGAAAGAUGUUGACUUGGAUUUAUUUAAAUUCAUAUGUGCACUGUAUAAGAGAGUCCUCUUCCAUUAACACAUUUUCAUUUAUUUUAGUUGUAGGUGUUUUCAACAGGCUGUCGUGCUAAUUUCAUGCUUCUUUGAGUUGUUGCUUGUGUAGAUCUCAUCUUUCGGUAACUCAUUAGUCUAACACUCCUAUUCUGUAGUUUGAAAUGCUGCUUUACAUGAUUUUCUUCUGAAACUGCAAUACUUGCAAUUUUUAUUCUUAAACUAAAUUGAAUACUAUUUUACACUGUAUUGGAUUUUUAUACUUGAACAAUUUCGUACAAGGGAAGACAGGUUAGCAUUUUUAUGAACUUUCUGCAUUAUCACUGGAUCUACUUUUCCCCCAUACUAGACAGUGUUAUGUAAUGUAGACAUGACCCUCCUGUGCAAAUUAUUUAUUCAUUAUGUAUAUUGCUUUAUAACAUUUCAGAUCUUCUAAUCUAUUCACUUGUAUUAAAUAUAAUUUUUAAAAA